GAAAGCGAAAGCGUGCGGCAGAGGCAAAGGUCUCGGCAGGGGACCGGAGGGGUUGUUGUGGACGCCUGCUCCGAGCUGCGGGCUGCCGUGCGAGGAGUGCGCGUCGCAGCGCGGCCGGCUGCCUCCGCUGGGCCUUGCGGCAGCUGUUUCAAUGGAUUUUACAAGUCCCCCACUAUCUUUAAAAGAUAAUGGCUUUACUAUGGCACCCACUGACCCUUUCAACUCAUCAGAAGAUGAGAUGGAAAGACUUGAAGAAGAACUGAAGAAAUGGAAGGCAAGUUCUAUAAAGCAAAGAGAAUUGUGGAAAUUAGCUGAAAGAUACUUGGAAGUCCUUUAGUUCAUCCUUCUAAAACCAAAUCAAGUUUCCCCUGAUUAUGACAUGUUUGUCUAACUUGUGCUCUAUUCUUCAACGGGACAUGCUGGUGUUAAUCUCACUGGUAGCUACACUUAUAAGUCUAAGAAAAUAUGUAUCCAAAAUGUUAUAUAAAAAUAUAUAUAUAAUAUAUAAAGGUCUUACUUAAGGUUUUGUUUGUUCCUGUAGAAUAAAGAAAAAAUUAAAAAUCUUUUUCUUUUUACUAUCCAGCAAAGAGUUGAAGAAGCUGAAAAAGCAAAAGCUGUCCUUCUUCUCUGUAAAUCAAGUGCAAUGGAAGAGUAUGUUAAAGCAGAGGAUGGACUGACAAAAUUAAAGAAUUUACAAGAGAAACAGCAUAAGGAAGCUAUUAUGUCUAGGGACACCCAUGAGAGAGAACUUUAUGUACUAAACCAAGAAAACGCUGAGCUGAAGAGAGAGAUUGAAAAGCUCGAAGAAGACCUUGCAGAAUGUAGUUUAAUGCUUUCACGGUAUAGUCAGAUUAAUAAAGAGGUAGCAGAAAUGAAAAUGAAGUUCACUCACAUGGAAGACACGAAGGAUAAUUAUCAAGAUAUGAAUACUCACUGUGUUUUUGGUGUAACUACAAAAAUCCCAUUCAGACUGGAUGAAAACCAGGUGCUGCUUACUUUUGAAGACAAAGAAGUUGCCCAGAGACUGAUAGAAAUCGGUAAACAUACUGUGAACCUGGACAAUAAAACAGCAGAUAUGAGAGUGAUGCCUUUUACACUUGAAAUGGGAAUCAAAUUUAAGCUCCAUGUCACUAUUUCUGGAAAGAAGAUUAAUGUUUCAGAAGUACCUGAACUAUCCAUUCCUGAAGACUGGAUGAGAGACAAAUUAGAACUGAAUUUCUGCAAGUCUGAACAGGGAGGAGGAGAAGUUGAAAAUGUGAACUAUGACAAGCAGUCUAGAACAGCUGUUAUUACGUUCCUCAGACCUGGAGCAACUAACAGCUUUGUGAGAUGUACUGAAUAUCCUUUUGUUUCAAAUGGAACGUGCUAUAGGCUUCCUGUUUCCCCAGACACCAAUGUGAAAUUGGAGAACUUUCAGCUCUAUUGUGGGAUUUCUAAGAAGACCAUUCUGUUGGAAGGAAUUAAAGAGAUGGAAGAUGAUGAGGAAAGUGUGCAGGACAUGAUUAAAAACCAUUUUCAAAAGCCUAGUAAUAAUGGUGGGGAAAUAGAGAAAAUCAAAUAUGCAUCAAAAGGAGUAACAUGGGUUUGUUUUGAGGAGGAUACUUAGAAUGCCAUAUAGGAAAAUGUAAUUGAUCUCAGGAAGUUGUUGUUUUGUUUCAUCAGAGGCAUAGGAAGUUAUGCAGACAUUGUGCUUUAAUGUUCUGAUAUGUACACUUGAUAAAAAGGAACUACCUGGUUUGUGUAACAGCACAGACUCAGCAUAGAAAUUCAGUAAAACUCACUGCUUUGUGUUCUAGAGGUUCCUGAUCAGUCACAGAAAAAGCCUUCACAGCACUUGAAACUUGUGCUGUAAAUUUGCAGAUUUUGUAUCUUGCAAAUUUUAGAUGGCUCCCAUACUCCAAAGUGGGAUAAAUCUAUUUAAUAUUACAUUUUUGUUAUAAAAGCCAUAUGCAAUCCCAAUCAAAUGCUUGUUCACAGAACUGCUUUUCUGAAGUGCCCUAGCUUCAGAUAGUAGCUCUAACAGAACUCCAGUCCUGCUUAGAUUGCUGUGUGCCACCAUAACUCAAAUACCUGAAGUUACCU